AUGCAGCGUGUAAAAACGGUGGCACGUGCGAAUCUGAUGCUGGUGGCGGGAUCAAAUGUCUUUGCAAAGCUGGAUUCUUCGGUCAGUUCUGUGAGGAGCGUGAAGAUCCAUGUGAAACGAGGCCAUGUGACCACGGGAUACUGUAAGGCAUCAGAUUCAGCCGGGUUCGAAUGCGAAUGUGAAGAAGGUUUUUCUGGCAAAACCUGCUCAGUGCUUUCCGAUCUGUGCACUACAUCCUCUUGCAGUGGUCGAGGACAUUGUACGCCUGUAUGGAAUGCGACGUUGUGCACCUGUGACAAGCGCUGGAGAGGUGCUGCUUGUACGCAUCUUGUUGAUGAGUGUCUGUCGAUUCCUUGUGAGAACGAUGGCACUUGCGAGACAACCGCGGAAGGCUUCAAAUGCCAUUGCAAGAAAUACUAUCUAGGUGAUCGUUGUGAGCUGCAAGGCACUUGCCUUACACAUCCAUGUGAAAGAGGUGAAUGUAUUCAGCUGUCAUUUGACAGUCACUCCUGUAGCUGUCCCAAAGGCUAUGAGGGAACGAGAUGCGAGAUGCAAAUUGCGAGACGGAUAUUCGAUGAAUGCCUCCUUGGCUUUUGCGCUAAUGGAAAGAAUUGUACAGUCGACAUCAACGAAUGCAGUGUAACGUCAAAUUGCGUGAACGGUCAAUGCACUAAUACAAGAGGAGGAUACAGAUGCGAUUGUGAGAAUGGAUUCAUUGGCUCACGUUGUACCGUGAGGAAUCCAUGCCAGCCUGAUUCCUUCAAUCGAACGACGCACACAUGCGUGCACGGCGUGUGCAUCAAUCCAGUAGUCAAGGUAUACCUCUUUUCCAGUACUAGUGGUCAUUACGAAUCAGUGAUGAUUCAUGAAUAC